AUGGCUGUUGAUACAGGUUUUGAAAAGUGUCAAGAAAGGAUUCCGUAUGACUCGCUCAUCUCGUUCUUUUUUCUUGGGGGAGGGUCGGUGGCGUUUACGUAUUUCUUCCACCAGGCAGUUACUGGGAGUAUGGAUCUCGCUAUCGCUUUUCUCGGUGACAGCAUGCGGGCGAUGGUUCCCAUGGCACAGAUGGGAGCCAUUGGUCUUGGUGCCAUGAUGUCGUGGAUAGCAAUGUGGAUUCUUAUCAUAGGUAUCGCAUCUACUGGUCCGACCCGACGUUGGUGUUGUGGAAGAUAUGGUUGCAGACUAUAUGGGAGAAUUAUAGUGGGCACGUUAAUAGUGACCUGUUACUUCAUGGCCUUUAUAUGGAUGUUGUUGAUUGGUGUAUUGAUGAUACCGACAGUGUUCACCUUUAUUAUAGACCAAGUGUGUGCGGUAGAAAUUGUCAAGCUUAUAAAAGAGAUAUGUGUAGAUACAUCGAGUAUAAUUGAGCUACUUGGUCUAGGGUUGGCACUGGCGUUAAAUACACUCACGAAAAUCAUCGCGGUGCGAAGCAUCCAAGACGCCACGGAUACAGUGACGGGCUUACUGACGGACGCUACAGGAAUGAUCAACCAAGUAACAGAAAGUAUCAAAUCGAGGAGCGAAAGAUAUGAAAUUGAAGGGGUGGCAAUCUGCAUGGACGAAUUGUACAACGUGUGCGAAUAUGGCACUGGGUUAUGGCUUGGAUUCGGUAUAGCGUGUGGAUCUGCUAUGUUCAUGGUGUUUGGUUUCUUUUACAGCAUACCUGUACUAACAGCGAACUACGCCCAUAUCCACGAUACACCGGACAGAAAGAAAAAGAAAAAGAAACGAAAGAAGGUGAAACACUACAGCAGAGAACUCAAACCCAAAACUACCGAGGAACGAUACGUAAUUGUGGAAGAUAUGCAGGGAAAACAGAAAGCCGUCCCGGAAAAAGAUUAUGCAGAGACGACAGGCCUGGAAGUACUGGAAAAAUACCGCGAGUACCCAGAGUAUCGGUAUUGGGAUUAUCCACGGUUCAGUGAAAAGGACUACCCCCCGUUUGUUCCUUUGCGUUGCGUGGUUGAGUUCGACGACGGCGAAACCAUAUCGAGUGUGUCCGACAACGCGUCUUAUUAUACCAGUGUAGAGAACGUGCCACGAGGGGGUUACUAUAGUGACUCGAUUGAUAGUGAUGACGACAUACCAGGUAUCCAGGUGUAA